UGCGUGUCGGGCGUGGCCUAGCCGCAGCCUCACUUUCAUUCUCCUCGCUUGCGUCUCUCUCUCUCUCUCUCUCUUUCGGCGCCAUCGCGAUACCCUCUUGCCUCAGUGGCUAACGGCUCUCUUCGCAUCCUGCUCAGAGACCGGCUUCGAUCACUUCAACAAUGGCAUCAGAUGAAGGAAAACUCUUCAUUGGAGGGCUCAGUUUUGACACCAAUGAGCAGAAUCUGGAGCAGUUGUUCUCCCCCUAUGGAGACAUUGCAGAAGUGGUUGUGGUGAAAGACAGGGAGACGCAGCGGUCCAGGGGUUUUGGUUUUAUUACCUAUUGCCGUCCUGAAGAUGCCAAGGAUGCCAUGAGGGCUAUGAAUGGAGAGUCUGUGGAUGGGCGUCAGAUCAGAGUGGACCAGGCUGGAAAAUCCUCCCGUGGCUCUUCUGGAGGCAGAGGGCGUGGACGUGGAUUCUCCAGAGGCGGUGGAGGAUAUGGAGGUGGCCGUUAUGAUAACAGAAGCGGUGGCUAUGGUGGAUCUAGAGACUAUUAUGGCAGCAGGAAUCAAGGAGGCUAUGGAGACCGUUACUCUGGGAGCUCCUACAGAGACAACUACGAUAACUAGCUUGCACCGAGCAUAAAUCCUUCCUGAAUCAAGAUCGUCCUUCCAAUGGCCGUAUUUAUAAAGAUUUUUGGAGCUUCGCUGAAUCUUGUUUAGUUCUCUACCUGUAUCUUCCCUUUUUGUAGUCUUACCACAAGCAGCCCAACAGCUUCUGCUACAGGAUGGCCUGUUAGAGCUUUCUGAAGGAAAACAUUUUAAUUUGCCUUUUUUUUUUACAGGUGUGUUUAAGCAUUUUUGAAUACAUACUUUUAUUGCUUUCCCCCACCUCCACCCCCUGGAUUUCUUUUAACACACCAAGAUGGGGGUUCUGACCUAUUCUUCACCUAAAAUUCCCCAGAGUCUGAGCAAGGUGUGAGGAUCCUCCUUGUUUUUAUAAAUGCAUUAAUACCUUGUAGUUUUGUAAAAGUCCUAUGGUGUAGCAAGCAAGGGGUAUGGUGGAAGGCAAAACCCCCUUGAUUAUAAAGGGAGACGUGUGUUUGAUCUUCAGAAAUCAGAAUUUAUACUGUAUGAUGUACCUAGAACCGAAGCUUGCAGAACUUGCAAGUUGUUCUUGAAAAACCGUUUGUUUAUAUUUUUUUUUAAACUGGAAGACACACAUGUAACUCGAUAUUGUACUAAAAGUGGUUAAGGAAUUCCUGUAUUCAGUUCUUUGGCUUCACGAAGCCUAUUAAAUGCCCUUCUGAAAAUGAAA